GACAAUGUUUUUGAGUUUGAGAGUGGAAAACCAUUGCGUCUCAUCCUGUGUAAGACAUUUACUACAACAGAUCUUGCAGGUGCUCAACAGGAAGUCUUAUUUUCAGUCUUCAAAGUCGAGCUGACAGCUAUGAAACUCAUUCUGUGGUGGAUUUUUUGCUUUAGUUUAGGUUUUGUCGCUGAUUGCCAGGAGAAUCAUUAUGGAUUGAAAGGAAGCUCAAUCCGACUGAGCAUCAAUCCCAGAAAUCAGUCACAUCGGCUAACUAAAGUUAGAUGGCACCGAUUCAACAGGAAAGAGAUGCUGACAGACUCAGACGAAGUUUCCCCUCAUUUUAAGAAAAGAAUGAGCUUAAACAUCUCAGACUGGUCUUUGACCAUACACAACCUUGAGGAAAACGACAGUGGACUUUAUGAGGCCCUUGAGAAGUGGCAGCAAGAAACUCUGGCUGCAUUCACACUUUCAGUGGAGAACACUGUCUCUGAGCCUGUAAUCAAAGUGAGUCAAUACGACUUCAAUUCAUCUGCUGGACUGUGUCAGGCCACAGUAAACUGUUCGGUUGAUGGCAGCUGGGCCGUGUUUGACUGCGACCAAGGUGUCUGUGCAAAGACACAAGCCUCUCCAUCCUCCAUUAACAUCACUGUGAAUGCAACGGACAACAUCCAGUGCCACGUCAGCAACCACGUGAGCAAGAAUCAUUCUCAGGCUUCCGAAGUUAUGUGCCAUGAAAAGCUGCAAAGUGAUUCGCACUCUCCACCGUCACUCAGCGCUUCGAACAUUGUCACCAUUGGUGUUGGUGUUUUAUUGGUUUUGUUUAUGGGUUUCAUUGUAGUAUUUGUCAAGAGAAGAAAGUGUUCAAAAGUUCAUCCGCAGUCCAGACAUAUUGUGAUUCAACAGCAUCAUGAGACAAUCUACAGCACAGUGGAAAAGCCGGCCGCAUCCCAGACAUCUCCAAGAAACAACACCAUCAGCAACAAAGUAGAAACCAUCUAUGAUACUCCAUCACGACAUACCAAGGCUUGUCAAGUAGACAGUGUGGAGGUGAUGAGAGACAAUCAGGAGCAACAGCAAUCUGGACCGGACAGAACUAUUAAAGUAAAAGCUACAGUUCACCAGGCAGCAGAACCCGAUUCAGAACCAAUAAACACAGUUUACUGCAAACUGGGAGAGAUAUGACACAAACGCACACAUACUGUACAUGCCUGAGACGUCACUUCAGUGGAGAUUUAAGAUUUUUGUGAGAAAAAAAAAUAUUUAAUGUAAAUUUUGUGUUUUUUACUAGUGAAUAGAUGGUUUUGAGGAUCAUUGAUGGAUGCAAUAUAUUUGUAUGCUGCCUCCUAUUUUGUAAAAACAGCAUAUGCAAUACACUCUUAAGAAUAAAGGUUCAAAAAGCAGGUUUUCAAAGCAGUGCAGUGGAAGAAUCAUUUUUGGUUCCCCAAAGAACUUUUAAACUCUUAAAAAAAAAAAAAAAAAUCUUAGCGUGACGAAUAUUUUAAUAAUAUGAAGAACUGUUAAAGAACCUUUUGGGGAAUGGAAAUAUUCUUCAUGGAACCAUCAAUGGCAAUAAAGAACUUUUUAUUUUUAAAAGUGUAAUGAUAUACAUUUCAUACAGUCCUAUGUUGUUGUCCUGUGUAGCAUGUUUAAUUCAGCAAGUAGCAUCGAGCUGAGUUGCCAUCUCUGAAAAAAAGUGUCGUUUUGCAUUUGUAAUCCCAUUUUGUUUAAAAAAUGUCAUUUUGAAGAUCAAACUGAUUUUAAAAAUUGAUGAAAAUUUGGUGUUAAAAAUCACAGCACAUAUAGUGUCUCGUUCCUUCCUUAACUGGAAAUAAAAAAAGUCAAGUUGAGGGCAAUUACAUGAUUGUAGCAUUCUUUAUCUCAUGUAGUGUCCUGUGGUUGCACAUUUUGGCAAAUAAAAUAAAAAAUAAAAUAAAUGAAUAAAAAGCAUACUGUGCACAGUACACAUACUGAAGGAAUAGUGAUAAUAUGCUGUUCUGAACAUAAUUGUCUGUUGUACUACACAUUUUCUCUGGGUUGACAACUGUUUAGUUAGGAAUGGAGAUGGAAACUGAAUGUAAUACUAAACAGUUUUAUUUUUUUGUAAAAUAAAGGCAAUUGCAAAGUA